AUGGACCUGAUCGCAAAACUACCAAUUAUUGCUGCAACUAUCUACAAUAAUACGUUUCGUGAGGGUGCGAAACUAGCCACUCUGGACCCAAAAGCGGAUUGGUCUCUUAACUUUGCGCGCAUGCUGGGUUACAAUGAUCCCCUCUUUACUGAACUCCUGCGCCUCUACCUGGUUAUUCACUGUGAUCAUGAGGUAAGUGCCUGUUCUUUUAAGAUAACUCUUUUAGCACCACGUCUGUUUUUGGUGCAAGGGGCUUGUGUGAUUUUUGCUUAUCACGGUACAUUGUCUCCCGUGCGCCGGCCGCACUUCAACUUGAUGUCCGGUUAUCCGUUUUUUUAUUUUUUAGGGUGGCAAUGUUAGCGCCCACACAUGUCACCUGGUUGGGAGUGCUCUCUCUGAUCCAUAUCUGAGCUUUUCGGCCGCAAUGUGUGGUCUUGCUGGUCCUCUGCACGGUCUUGCCAAUCAGGAGGUCCUUACCUGGAUUAUGGAUUUGAUUGCUGCCAAAGGAAAGUCUCCGACUGAUGAUCAAGUUGUCGAAUUUGUCAAGGAAACUCUCGCUCGUGGGAAGGUAGGUAAUGUGCUCCAUCGCUUCAUAGUAACGCUUGUUCGUGUCUUCAAGCAUUUUUUCAAUCCCUAUACCUCGUCUUUAGUUUCGUAACCGAACCACUAGAGCUGUCUAUGAUGCACUUUGUGUACUAGAACUAUUGCUUCUCUAACCGAAAUGAGCACAGGGGAUGGCCAUUUACCGACAGUUGCGACUUCACAGCGCCAUGUAAUGUGUUGGCGCCAAUUCCUCAUCGCUCGUGUUCCACUUCCACCCUGUAUACACCAUCGACCUAAACCCAUUGGGCGUUUUAAAUCUACACCCCUGCGUCAGCUUCAUUACCCCUCAAAGUGAAGUUAGCGAUGAAGUCAGUAAAAUCUCAAUUUCUUUUAUGAGUGGUGCCAAACUAGACACCGCGCCCUCGGGAGAGGGUUGGCUUGUGGAAGGGACCACUUUCCUGACUUGUAACUUGAACAGCAGUUUUCUGUUGACUUAGCUACUGGCCGUCUCGUCAAUGGGUGCAAAUGGUGGACUGUCCUUGAACUGUGAAGUAGGCAAGAUAUUACGUCUGAAGAAGCAGUCGCAGAUCCCGCUGACUGCGCCGCGACGUACCGGACGUAAACCGCCAUUAAAUAAGUCUGCACUACUACCUUGCGUGUUAUACUUUUGAACUAAUGUCGAUCCGCCUGUGCUCAACCUUCCUAGAGCACAUUCGUGGUCCAGGUGACCGGUCAUAAUAAGUUAACCUGGAAAUCAAUCCCUAAGCAUUUUCCGAGUUUUGAACUGACUGUAUGCUUUACUGCUGCCGUAUACAGAUCUAAUGGGAAUUUGAGUGUCCCAGUGACGACAUUGAAAUAUGCGAAUUUUUGCCUCGAUCGGGGAAUCUAAGCAAAAGUUGAGUUCGCCGAUCAUACCCUAUUAAAUUAUGUUUCCACUUAAUGCUGACCAAGGUUUAGUUCCCCGCCUCCAGCGCGGCUGUUUUCCUACAUGGAGGUCUCUAUUUGUUCAUUAGUACUACAUGCAAGAAUUACCCCCAAUUAUGCUCUUACAUCCAUUUUACAACUUUAAUAAGACCCAAAAGAGUAACUUCGUAUAGGCGCCAGUACAUGCGAGAGGCGGGUAAAGACCUGUCUCGUCAGCCAUCACAACACCCCCUUCCGAUUGUCUUAUGAGUACUCUGUGUCCGAAAAAGAAAGUGAGGUCGAUGCUACGUAAAUCCCAUGAUAUUCCAAAUCACGCCUACCUACCCAGGCACUGGUCCAGUUAUGCCUGCUAGUGUUCCUGUAAAGCUUCAUCCCCAGUUGCGAUUCCGCCUGAAAACUUUUUUUACCUUGCGAUAUUUAUUUACUCGUGCUUUCUUGCUCCCCGUGAAACCCAAGGUUGUUCCUGGUUUCGGACACGCUGUCCUGCGUAAGACUGAUCCACGAUACAUGUGCCAACGAGCUUUCUCACUGAAGCACAUUCCCGAUGAUCCGCUGGUGAAGAUUGUCGCCCAGUGUUUUAAUCUAAUUCCUCCCUUCCUGACGAAACUCGGAAAGGUUGCUAAUCCCUGGCCCAAUGUAGAUGCCCACUCUGGAGUUCUUCUACAAGUAAGUUCUCAUUUAUCUUUUUUUUAUUUUGAAGACUGGGCAGAUCAGUCUAAAUUACCCACUUUAUGGAGACCAACAGGCAUUCCGAAGACCGUUAAUUACCCACUCCCUUGAAUUGUCUGCAUUCACAGCCAACCCUGUCUAGAUAACUUAGUCAUGAUUCUAAUGCCCUUUAUUUUUGAUUUCGUUCCUUCCAGCACUUUGGCAUGAAGGAGAUGUCCUACUACACCGUCCUCUUCGGCGUCUCUCGCGCCCUGGGUGUCUGUUCUUCUCUCGUCUGGGCGCGCGCCCUCGGAAUGCCAAUCGAGCGUCCCAAAUCACUGAGCACGGACGCUCUGCGCAAGUUAGUCAAGGCCAAGAACUAA